UGACCAGCUUUAGCUGUUGUACUGAACCUUCAGAGCAGGACUGGGAGCAGCCAGCUAUGAUAACGUUAGCUAGAAGCCAGUCUGCGGCUUCUGUUCCUUCUGUUCCAGCCGAGCUGCACCCAGUAUCUGCUGUACUGGAGAACAGAGAUUCGUCCCUGUUGGCACAACAAAAGCACCUCUGAACUGGAGCUCCGUCUCUUGGGGAAAAUAGAGCUGCAGUGGAUAGAAACUCAGCGUUACGUUUGUCACCAUGUUUAACCUGAUGAAAAAGGAUAAGGAGAGGGACGGGAGAGGGAAGGAGAAGAAAGAUAAAAAGGAGAGGAUGUCUGCAGCGGAGCUGCGCAGCCUGGAAGAAAUGAGCAUGCGGCGCGGCUUCUUCAACCUGAAGAGGGAGUCCAAGCGUGAGUCCAAGAAUAAACUGGAGAUCUCCAACCCUAUUCCAAUCAAAGUGGCCAGCAGCAGCGAGCUCACCCUCACUGAUAUUGAAUCGGACGGCUUGAGCAACCGAAGCAGCAUGGUUCUGGAUGACCAGCUUAGCGCAGCCAGCUCCACUGAUGACCUCAAGGGUGAGGGCGGAGGAGGACAGGAUGGACAUCGCAGCUCAGUACGUGACCGUGUGGUUCAAUUUGGUUCACUUGCCAAGACGAACUCCGCACAGGUGGGUCAGAUGAUGAAACGUUUCUCCUUUUCCCAGAGGAGUAAAGAGGAGAGCCAAUCAGAGGGCUCCACUCCCUCAGGCCAGAACUCUGCUGCCCCAUCCCCGCAAGUGGAGAGCAAAGUUUUCAGCAUGCUCCGCAAGCACAGCCUGAAGCAGCAGCCUGAAGUAGAACCGGCUACCAAAAAGGUCUGCAUCCCUGAAGUGGUCGACAAGACCUUCUCUGCACAGCUGCAGCUACCGGCUGUGGUCGCACCGAGCGUGCCAGAAAUACGUGAGCUGGAGCUCCAACGCCGCAACACUGGGGACUUUGGAUUUUCUUUGCGUCGCACCACUAUGCUGGACCGCAGUCCCGAUGGAGGAGUGUACCGGCGUGUGGUCCACUUUGCUGAGCCCGGGGCCGGUACCAAAGACCUGGCGCUGGGGCUGGUGCCGGGCGACAGGCUGGUGGAGAUAAACGGACGGAAUGUGGAGAACAAGAGCCGUGACGAGAUAGUGGAGAUGAUCCGUCAGUCGGGAGACACAGUGAGGCUGAAGGUGCAGCCCAUCCUGGAGCUGAGCGAGCUGAGCCGCUGCUGGCUGAGGAACACCGAGGGGCUGCGCAGGGAGGCCAGACAUGUGAAGACAGAAGAGCAGAUCGCAGCGGAACAAGUCUGGUAUGGAUCAGAGAAAGUCUGGCUUGUCCACAAAGAUGGCUUCUCCCUGGCCACCGUGGUGAAGACAGAGGCUGGCUCCCUGCCAGAGGGCAAGGUGAAGAUCAAACUGGAGCAUGAUGGGACAAUACUGGAAGUGGACGAAGACGACGUAGAAAAGGCCAACCCUCCAUCAUCCAACCGAUCAGAGGACCUGGCUUCACUGCUCUAUCUCAAUGAAUCCAGUGUGAUGCACUGCCUGAGGCAGCGCUAUGGAGGCAACCUCAUCCACACCUACGCCGGACCCAAUAUGGUAGUGAUCAACCCCCUAAGCACACCCUCCAUGUACUCUGAGAAGGUGAUGCACAUGUUCAAAGGCUGUCGGCGUGACGACUCUGCACCUCACAUCUACUCUGUGGCCCAGUCUGCCUACCGCAACCUGCUCACCACCCGGCAGGAUCAGUCCAUCGUGCUGCUGGGCAAGUCCGGCAGCGGCAAGACCACCAACUGCCAGCACCUGGUCCAGUACCUGGUCUCCAUCGCCGGCAGCACGGGAAAGAUCUUCUCUGCUGAGAAGUGGCAGGCGGUUUACACCAUCCUGGAGGCUUUUGGGAACAGCUCCACCUCUAUGAACACCAACGCCAGCCGCUUCUCACACGUAGUGUCCCUGGACUUUGACCAAGCUGGGCAGGUGGCCUCUGCCUCCAUCCAGACGAUGCUGCUGGAGAAACUGAGGGUGAGCAAACGACCCGCGGCAGAGUCCACCUUCAACGUCUUUUACUACAUGAUGGCCGGAGCCGACAGCAGCCUCAGAACCGACCUGCACUUUAACCACCUGGCUGAGAACAGUGCUUUUGGGAUCCAACCACAGUCUAAGCCUGAAGACAAGCAGCGAGCCUCGCAGCAGUUCACCAAGCUGCAGGCAGCCAUGAAGGUGCUGGGCAUCUCUGUGGAGGAGCAGAAGGCCCUGUGGCUCAUCCUGGGGGCCGUUUACCACCUGGGGGCCGCAGGAGCCACUAAAGCGGGUCGCAGGCAGUUUGCUCGUCAUGAAUGGGCCCAGAAGGCGGCCUACCUGCUGGGCUGCACCCUGGAGGAGCUGUCUUCCUCUAUCUUUAAGCACCAGGCUAAAGGACUGCAGCACUCCACCUCCUUCAGAGGAGGACCAGACGAGGCAGGCCAAGGUGACAGCUCAGGCUCUAAGGUCACAGCUCUGGAGUGUUUGGAGGCCAUGGCAUCCGGACUCUACUCAGAGCUCUUCACUCUUGUCAUCUCCCUCAUUAACAGGGCUCUGAAGUCCAGUCAGCACUCUCUGUGCUCCCUGCUGAUCGUGGACACUCCGGGCUUCCAGAACCCUCGGCUGGCUCAGCAGCAGAGGGGAGCCACGUUUGAGGAGCUCUGCCACAACUACACCCAGGAGAGGCUGCAGACCCUGUUCCAUGAACGCACCUUCGUCCAGGAGCUGGAGAGAUACAAGGAGGAAAACAUAGAGCUUGCUUUAGAUGACAUAGAGUCCAGUACCUCACUGUCUGUAGCAGCUAUUGACCAAGCCUCAUCCCAAGCUCUGGUGCGUGCUCUGGCCAGGACGGAUGAGGCUCGAGGCCUCCUGUGGCUGAUGGAGGAGGAGGCUGUCCAGCCUGGAGGAUCAGAGGAAACCAUGCUGGAGAGACUCUUCAGCUACUACGGCUCUGCACAGGGAGAAAACAAAGGAGCUAGUCUGCUGCUGCGAGGAGAGAAGCCCCACCUCUUCCUGUUGGGCCACAGCCACGGGACAGACUGGGUGGAGUAUAACGCUCAGGGCUGGCUGAGCCAUGCCAAGCACAACCCUGCAACCCAGAACGCUGCCGCUCUGCUGCAGGACUCCCAGAAGAAGAACAUCAGUGGGCUGUUUAUGGGCCGGGCCAGCGGCGCCACAGUGCUGUCUGGCUCCAUCGCUGGUCUGGAGGGCAGCUCCCAGCUUGCCCUCCGACGAGCCACCAGCAUGAGGAAGACCUUUACCAUGGGCGUGGCUGCCGUCAAGAAGAAGAGCCUGUGCAUCCAGGUCAAACUCCAAGUGGAUGCUCUGAUUGAUAUGGUGCGUCGUUCCAGGGUUCACUUUGUCCACUGCCUGCUGCCCAAAGCAGAGGCAGUGGGUGGUGGAGGUGAGCCCCGUGUGACGCACGGAGAGAGCCCGGACUCGGGCCUUAUGAAUCUGGACGUGAGCCUCCUGAGAGCUCAGCUGCGAGGAUCAAAGCUGCUGGAUGCACUGCGCAUCUACAGGCAAGGAUACCCAGACCACAUGGUGUUUUCUGAGUUCCGCAGGCGCUUUGAUGUCCUGGCACCACAUCUGACCAAGAAGCAUGGCCGCCACUACAUUGUCACAGAUGAGAAGAGGGCAGUGGAGGAGUUACUGGAGUCCUUGGAGAUGGAGAAGAGCAGCUACCACAUGGGGCUGAGCAGGGUGUUCUUCAGAGCGGGGACUCUGUCCAGACUGGAGGAGCAGCGAGACGUUCAGACCAGGAGGAACAUCUCUCUGUUCCAGGCCGCCUGCAGGGGAUACCUGUCCAGACAGGCCUUCAAGAAGAGGAAGAUCCAGGAUCUGGCCAUCCGUUGCAUCCAGAAAAACAUUAAGAAGAAUCGUGGCGUCAAAGGCUGGCCAUGGUGGAAGCUCUUCACCAACGUAAGACCUCUGAUAGAGGUGCAGCUCACUGAGGAACAGAUCCGCGGCAAGGACGAAGAGAUCCAGCAGCUGAAGCAGAAGCUGGAGAAGGUGGAGAAAGAGAGGAACGAGCUGAGACUCAACAGUGACCGCCUUGAGAGCCGGAUCACAGAGCUGUCAUCAGAACUGGCUGAUGAACGUAACACCGGGGAGUCAGCCUCCCAGAUGCUGGAGACGGAAACGUCUGAGAGACUCCGCCUGGAGAAGGACAUGAAGGACCUGCAGGCCAAGUUCGACAGCAUGAAUAAACAGAUGGAGUCCAUGGAGAUGGAGGUGAUGGAGGCUCGACUCAUCAGGGCGUCUGAACUCAAUGGAGAGAUGGAAGAUGACGACACAGGAGGAGAGUGGAGGCUGAAGUAUGAACGAGCCAUCAGGGAGAUUGAAUUCACCAAGAAGAGACUGCAGCAGGAGGCUGAUGACAAGCUGGAGGUGGAGCAGCAGAACAAACGGCAGCUGGAGAGGAGGAUCAGCGACAUGCAGGCCGAUAACGAGGAGUCCCAGAGAAACAUCCAGCAGCUGAAGAAGAAAACCCAGCGACUGACAGCUGAACUGCAGGACACCAAACUUCACCUGGAAGGCCAGCAGAGCCGCAACCACGACCUAGAGAAGAAGCAGAGGAGGUUUGACAGUGAGCUGAGUGGAGCCCAGGAGGAGGUGCAGAGGGAGAGGAGUCUGAGGGAGAAACUGGCCCGAGAGAAAGACGUGCUUGCCGGAGACUCCUUCAGCCUCCGACAGCAGCUGGAGGACAAGGACCUGGAGGUGUGUGCAGUCAACCUGAAGCUGGACCAGUUGGAGGCCGAGCUACAGGACCUCAACUCCCAGGAAUCCAAGGAUGAAGCGUCGCUUGCCAAGGUGAGAAAGCAGCUUCGGGACAUGGAGGCCAAGCUGAAGGACCAGGAGGAGGAGCUGGACGAGCAGGCCGGCACCAUCCAGAUGUUGGAGCAGGCCAAGCUUCGUCUCGAGAUGGAGACGGAGCGUCUGCGUCAGACUCAUUCCAAGGAGAUCGAGAGCAAAGACGAUGAGGUGGAGGAGAUCAGGCAGUCCUGCAGCAAGAAGCUGAAGCAAAUGGAAGUCCAGCUUGAAGAAGAGUAUGAUGAGAAACAGAAGGUGCUGAAAGAGAAGAGAGAGUUGGAGUCCAAGCUUCUUUCAGCACAGGACAAGGUAAGAAGUGGUGACAUGGAGACUGAAAAGCGUUUGAGGAAGGACCUGAAGAGAACCAAGGCCCUGCUGGCUGAUGCCCAGAUCAUGUUGGACCACAUAAAGAACAACGCACCCAGCAAGAGGGAGAUCGCCCAGCUCAAAAACCAGCUGGAAGAGUCUGAGUUCACCUGCGCGGUUGCAGUUAAGGCUCGUAAGUCCAUGGAGGUGGAGAUUGAAGAUCUGCACGUUCAGAUGGAGGACAUCUCCAAAACAAAACAGGCGCUGGAGGAGCAGCUGAGUCGUCUGCAGAGAGAGAAGAAUGACCUGCAGUCCAGGAUGGAGGAGGACCAGGAGGACCUGAACGAGCUGAUGAAGAAGCACAAGGCUGCUGUGGCCCAGUCGGCCCAGAACCUGGCUCAGAUCAGUGACCUUCAAGCCCAGCUGGAGGAGGCCCUCAAGGAGAAGCAAGAGGUUCAGGAGAAGAUGCAGUCCCUCCAGAGCCAGCUGGAGUUCCAGGAGCAGUCCAUGGUGGAGAAAUCCCUCGUCAGCCGUCAGGAGGCCAAGAUCCGUGAGCUGGAGACCAAGCUGGAGUUUGAGAAGACCCAGGUCAAACGCCUGGAGAGCCUUGUAGCUCGUCUUAAGGAGAACUUGGAGAAGCUGACAGAGGAACGAGACCAACGCAGCAGCAGCGAGAAUCGAGAGAAGGAACAAAACAAGCGUCUGCAGAGGCAGAUCCGCGACGUCAAAGAGGAGACGGGUGAACUGGCCAAAAAGGAAGCCGAGGCCAGCCGCAAAAAACACGAGCUGGAGAUGGACAUUGAGAGCUUAGAGGCUGCUAAUCAGAGCCUGCAGGCAGACCUCAAGCUGGCCUUCAAAAGGAUCGGUGACCUCCAAGCAGCCAUCGAGGACGAGAUGGAGAGUGACGACAAUGAAGACCUGAUCAACAGUUUGCAAGAUAUGGUGACAAAGUAUCAGAAAAGACAGAACCGAGCCCAGGGGGAUUCAGACACAGACUCUGAGGUAGGGGAUCGUGUGGACGGGGUGAAGUCCUGGUUGUCUAAAAGCAAAGGCUCCACCAAGAACCUGUCAGAUGACGGCAGCCUCAAGAGCUCCAGCCCCACUGGCCGGAGACACUACUGCUUCGAUAGAUCUGAUGAAGAGGAGGAUGACGAAGAAAAAGAACAAGGCGGGGCGGCCAAGGGCUCUUACUACUCUCAAUACAGACAUGGAAGCCAAAUGAAGGAGGAUGACGGGGAGGACAGGCCUUAUGAGACCACAUCGUAGUCCUGCUGUCGGCAUCUGCUCUCUGAAAUGUGUCCUCAUUACACCGUGACAGUUUGUCUUGCAUGCAAAGUUGACCACAAUUGUAAGUUGGAUCCAAGCACACAGUUAAUAACUUACCACUCACUCAUUGCAAGAACACAUGUUCCCAACACUCCGUCAGAGCUUCCUAAGGCAGAUCCUCACAGGAUUUGGUCACAUUUGACAAACUACAUGGUGUUUUGGCACUGAUCACGUCACACACACACAGCAGCUCUGUUAUUAACAACUCCACGCCGCUGUUGCAUGCAAGCAGCAGUUGCUUGGCUUGAGCAUCCACCCUGUAUGGUUGUAACUGAGCCAAAGAACUUGAGGUUGCAUGAUAAUAGAUUCUUUCCGUCUCUCUUUGUCUCUGUCACUCUUCGUCUCUUCUUUACAUAUAGUACACCACAAUUAAAUGUUUUGCCAUAGUGCAAUGUAUUGCCAAAAAGCCUUUGUUCAAGUGUGUGUGCACACUGCUUUACUUAUUCCUAAUUGAUGCUGAGUCCUGAGAAAAGUCCCAUCCUUUUUUUCCCUUUUUCCUGCUUCUUGUGCCACUUGAGUGCCAUUUGAUUUAAGUGGGCUCCUCUACAGCUGGCUUCUCUGCAGCUGUGGCAUUUCAUGAACUGCUGCGCCGUACACUGAGCACACGCUCAUCACCAUCAUCUGUUGAUUUUUUGUUUCCCUGAAAAGUUGUCCUGCCUUUUGCUGGCGAAUGCCCUCUUCCAUACAGGGGAGGGUAAUUGCAUCACUGACUGCUCCUGCAUAACAGCAAAGCAUUUUUUCCAUUUUAAUCUUUUGUUUUUGAUGUGCGAUGGAUUGUUUUUCCAGAGGACCGCCGUUGAGCAAAUACAUUUUCAUGAGGUUUUAGCUUACCUUACCUUAAAGGCCUUGUUGUAUUUUUAAUUUACCUUGAUACGACUAAUCCCUGCAUUCUUUAGUGAGGAAGACACUUUGUCCUUGUGCUUGUUGUUCACAUGUCGCCUGUGUUUGUUUCACGUUUGAUGUGCUUUUCUUUCCCAGAGGGAAUGUACUUGACUUUGGGCAUCAGUCUUAUGUAUUGUAUCCUCAACCAGCAUGUCCAGGGGAAAACUGGUGGUCUUCUAUAUUUGUCUUUUUGUCAAAAAAUCACAUGAAAGGACCAAAACCAGCAGUGUUUUCUUGACCUUUGGGAAAAGUCAGUGACGCACGGUUUGCUAUUGUUCUCCAUUUUAUGCUAGCGACAUGAACAUCCGCCUAGCUAACAGAUAGAGCACCAGGACAUGCAGUAGGCCAGAGUGCACUGACAAUUUAUCAUACAAACAAAUCAUAACAGAUUUGAUAAUCUAUUUUUUUCCCAUGUCCCACACAUUUUGAAUAAAAGUGACGGACCUAUCAGCCAAUAGGCUAUGGUAGCAUCUCAGCACUAUCAGAAGGUUUUACUUAUGACGGGCAAUGGUGCAAAUUUGAAGGUCAAAAAUCUCCAAAGGUGGAUGUGAAUGGUGCAGGCAGAUCCACUGAUAGCAGUGAUUCUGUUGACAUGAGUUGAUGUCUCCUUGGAUUCAAGUCUUUUCAUGUGUUUUGAUGAUUUUUUAAGUAAAGUGUAGAAUAUCACCAGCAUCUCCUUGUAAGCCUCAUUGUGUACUUUAACUGUAACUUUGUUAACUGGACACACUACAGCCUGUAUAACCAAUACUGUGAAAUCAUGUUCAGUGUCUUUGAGGCCUGUUUAUCCGUCAGGUUUUCUUUAUUUUCAACCCAAUGAUGCCUCGAAACAGCAAGAAAAUAGGAACCUGCAUCUUCAUGGUUGCUUAAGUGUUACACCAUCCAUUCAUCUGUCUAUUUACUGAGCAGCAUUACGAUGUUUUUGAAAGCCAUUUAAAGUCCAGGAGAGCUUGACGUGGCAUUUAGGGCUGAAACAAAUUGUAGAUGUUCGUCAUUGUGGGAGUAAUUGGGUGUUAUUCUACUAUACAUGCUUUUUGUAGACUUGUGUCUUCAUUUUUAUUCUCUAUGCAGUCAACACAAGUGUGGAAAUGUGUUUUCUGACCUUAUUGACCCUGCUUCAACAGAAUAAGAACAAAAGAGCAGACAUAAUAUUGCUGACUGCACACCGUAUUUAUAUAUAAAUAUGUGUAUGAUUGAUGCUAGCUUUGAAAAUAGUUCAUGUUUAUUUUCAUUAUUGAACAAAUUGACCACUUGUUAUACAUUUUGCAUUACAGUUUAAUAUAUUGUAAAUAAAUGAUGGUGAUUGUUUUAG